CUCGUCUAUGGCCAGAGACGGUGGUGUUUCUUGUUUACGGAGGUCGGAGAUGAUGAACGUCGGAGGAAUUGAAUCUGCGCCGUUGGAUUUAGAUGAAGUUCAUGUCUUGGCCGUCGACGACAGCCUCGUUGAUCGGAUUGUCAUCGAGAGAUUGCUUCGUAUUACUUCCUGCAAAGUUACGGCGGUAGAUAGUGGAUGGCGUGCUCUGGAAUUUCUAGGGUUAGAUAAUGAGAAAGCUUCUGCUGAAUUCGAUAGAUUGAAAGUUGAUUUGAUCAUCACUGAUUACUGUAUGCCUGGAAUGACUGGUUAUGAGCUUCUCAAGAAGAUUAAGGAAUCGUCUAAUUUCAGAGAAGUUCCUGUUGUAAUCAUGUCAUCGGAGAACGUUUUGACCAGAAUCGAUAGAUGCCUUGAGGAAGGUGCUCAAGAUUUCUUAUUGAAACCGGUGAAACUCGCCGACGUUAAACGUCUGAGAAAUCACUUAACUAAAGACGUUAAACUUUCCAACGGAAACAAACGGAAGCUUCCGGAAGAUUCUGAUUCCGUUAACUCUUCGCUUCCUCCGCCGUCAUCUCCGUUGACUAUCUCGCCUGAAUCGUCGCCGCCGUUGACUAUUUCGACUGAAUCGUCGGACUCUUCUCCGCAGUUAUCUCCGGUGGAGAUGUUUUCCACCUCGCCACUUUCUUCUCCAGUAGACGAUGACGAUGUGUUGACGACGUCGCCGGAAUCGUCGCCGGAGGAAUCGCCGAUUCGACGGCAGAAGAUGAGGAGUCCCGGAUUAGAUUAGUGGAACUAUUCUGGGAUGCCGUGUAAUAUCUAUCU